GUUGGUUUAUAUAUGUUAAGUUUAAUAUGAGUAGCUACAUACACUGCAAAUUUAGCAUCAGAUUUAACAAUAUCAAAAUCAAAAGAUAUUAUUUCUGACAUUAAAGAUAUUAAAAGUGGAAAAAUUCCAUUUAAUCGUAUUGGUGUUUUUAUUGGUACAGCAAGUGAAGAUUAUUAUUUAAGAGAAAUAUCUGGUGAUAAUAAGAGUUAUUAUCAAUUAAAAACUCGACAAGAAUUAUAUGAUAGUUUACUCACUGAAAAUAUUGAUGUAGCUUUUAUGGAUACUGGUACUGCUGAAUAUGUUACGAAUAAUAUUUAUUGCAAUUUCAAACUAAUUGGAGAAGAUUUUGAGAAAGGUUCUUUUGGCAUAGUUACACCAAAACAAUGGUUAUAUGCUAAAGAUUUAGAUGUCAAUAUUUUAUUAUUAAGAGAAUCAGGCCAACUUGAUGAGUUAAAAGCACAAUGGUUUCAAAAAAAGGAAUGUCCUAGUUCAUCUGAAACAUCAACUGCAAUGCAUAUUGAUUCAUUGGGUGGAUUAUUUUUAAUUUUUGCAGUCAUUACUUUUCUAUCAUUAUUAUUAUUUAUAUGGUCGAAACAAUUUAUUUUUAAAAAUUAUUUACUUAUGUUAGUAGAACGAAAAAAAUCUUUAUUCCAAAAGAAAACUUCUAUGGUAAAAUACUCAAACGAAACAUCGAUCUAUACACAAAAUCCUGCAAUAUCUUCAUCUACUAUUGUACAAUUCUGAUUGUAAAAUUUUGUUUUUUCAUAAUGAAAAGAAUUUGAAAAACAUCAGGAACAUUUUUAGGAAUCUUAUAUUGAAUUUUUCAUUUGUUUAUGUUUAAUAAUAUGUGAUAUCUUGACAUUAUAUUGUCUGCUCAAUGUUGGUCUUGAAAGACUGAUAGGAACAAAAGUCAAACGGUAGAUAUUCAUCAAGAAUCACAUAUGAAACUCUCUCUCUCUCUCUUCUCUACUUGCAGAAUAGCAAAAUAAUUAGAUUUUUCAAGGAUAAACAUACAUAAAUAAUCUGUCAGAGAUUUUAUUUCAUCAAUGGUACAAAGUAGUUCUCAUGUGUAUUGACAUAUAAAUACAUUUGUUGAAGAUAUUUAUAGAAACUUUUUUUUAUAAAUCUCUUUUUUAAUGGAAUUCAUGAUCUUCAUUACGAAACGAUACAGCAAUUAUGAUUUGCUUUCAUCUACUGAAUUCUGUUUGACUAAAGCUUGUUUAUUCUAUUUUUACUUAUUAAAAAAAUUGAUGUUAAUAAAGCUAUCUUUAUCUCUUUUGUAAUCAUAUUUUUCUUACAUGUUUCUUUUUUGAGUCCGUAUUCUAUCAGCAGUCAUAAAAAGUAGGAAAGAAAAACAAAACAUAUAUGAGAAGUGUAUUGUCUCGAUGUAUUGUUUUUUACUUCAAGGUAUUUUUAUCUUGCUUCUUCAUCGUACACGUUGCAAACAGAUUUGCACAUAUCAUAAAAUAUUUUUCAGAUAAAUUAUGCUACAACAAAAUAACCAAGCAAGUAUAAAAAGACUUAUCAAUUAAAGAACAGUUGUAUUUAUGAGUAAAACUAACACUCAGACAAAAAACUAAAUGAUAGCCGUCUAUGAAAAAGUAUUGUUAGUAUUCUGGUUUUUGUGUUUGUAUUUUUGUUUUAUAUUUAUAAUUGAGAGGAUAAAAAUGAAGUCUAUAUUACGUUUUCAGCAUGCAAACAGUAAAAACACGGUACCUUUACUCAAGCAUGUAGGUCUUUUUUUCAUCCACAAUCUAUCUUCUCAACAUCACACAUCAUGUUAUCUUAUAUUAAUAAUUAAUUCUAUGAAAAUUAUGUAAGAAUAUUAUAUAUUAGUACUUACGAAUACGAACUUGAUAGAUUGCAAGAUACAGAAGCAAGGAAAAAGUUGUUGAAAAAUAAUAUCAUCAAUUAUAACAAAGUUCCCUACACAACGAACAGUCAAAUAGCAGACUAUACAUGGAGAUACUUAUGUAAAAAUCGCAGUUUUUGACUUCUCAUUUUCCUCCUGCCCAGAUUAAUCGCCCUGCGUCUAGAAGAUAUUUAGUAUCGAAAAAAGAACAUUUUGCAUGAACAACAAAUCUAGUCUAUUGUGAAGCUUUUUGUUGUUGAAAUACAUUCGAUCUGAAUGAGCAGAAAAUAGUAAAACAAAAAAAUUAAGGACAAUAUUAAUAACACUCGAAAAUCUAAUAAUGUUGAAAUUACUGAUCCGUACAACUACUAUGCACUCAUAUGUACCUAGAAACGGGUAAAGCGUCAAAAUUUCAUGGAAAUUUGUAUGAAAAAAAAAACCUGAAAAUAUUCAGAGUAGUUGUCUGGAUAUCUAGGAAUAUUUGACUGUCCCCUUCGUUUCCUUUACUCAGUUUUGAAGGAUCCCGUUCUUAACACAUGCGACACGAUGUAAACCACUGAUGGCUCACGGCAAAAGAAAUUGAAUAUCGCCACUGUACUUUAACCAAACAAGCUGGUCUUUUUAUUGAUAAUAAAGGAAUGUUUAAAGUUUUUAUUCAUAAGAGAAAUGUCAAUAAACACCAUGUUAAGGUAUUAUGAUUGACUUUAAGAAAGAAAAGUAACUCUCUGCAAUUUUAGAAAUAAUACAAUUACAUUUGUAUUCUAAAAUUUACUUCGGAUCAGUAAACUCUGAUAUAUUUAUCAAGUUCUGACAAAUUAAACUAAACCUGUUACAAAAAAACAGCUCGUUUGGUUAAAAUACAGUGGAGAUAUACAAUUUCUUUUGCCAUGAACCACCCGUGAGUCACAUUGCGUCAAAUAUGUUAAUAGAUCAACCAUAUCUACUUUGUUAUUUUGGUGAAUAAUGAGGAAAAUAACAGAGGCAGUAUGUCUGUGAGAUCAAGAAUCAAAAGAGAAAAAUUGAACAGGAACGGUAACACAAAUAUAUAUACGUGUGUAUGUGCAGCAACAUAAUGGAUCAUUCCAAAGAACGAAAGGAAUAUACUACAUGAAGGAGCAGAAAUACAAUGGCAGAUACAUUCCAAUAAUGAUAAGAACAAUCAUCAGAAGUAAUUUUUACUAAGUGCAUCACAUUUUCUUUGAAUGAAAACAUUUCCAUUCACUAGCAUUGGCAGUACGAACAAUAUUUUUUCACCCUAUUCUAUGCGUAC